UGCCCCGUGUGACGUGGCUGCACCGUGCAACGUCACUUCUUCUGCCAGUCGACCAUAUUAAGUGUCGUAAAACCUGCUUCUUUUCAAAGCUCUAUCCAGUCAUGUCGCGGAGGGUCUGUUGCCUGUAUUGUGUGGAGAAAUCCACAAUGUUUGCAGUACCAAAGGCAGAACCACGACGAAGUCAGUGGUUGACAUUCCUUUUUAACACUGUUCCAGCUGAUUUACCAGCCGGUACUGUUGUGUGUGCGCGGCAUUUCACGGACCAAAGCUUUAAAAACUUAAAAAUGUUUAGCUUCGGACUUGCUGUAAAGCUGAUAUUGGAGGACGAUGCUGUUCCUACUUUGUUUGGACCAGCGGGAGAUUCGGGUACACAACCUAGUACAUCACAGCAGGAACACAAUACCAACUGCUCCAGUACAGUCGGAUGUCAAACAGACCGUCCACAGACUGUUUGUGUGGGAACUCAGAGGGUUGAGACACGGUCUGUGGGAACACAGACAGUGGAAUGUAAAGUGUCCGCCAUUUCUGUUGCUACACAGUUGGCCCGGGGAACACUGAAAUCGGCACACGUGAGAAGCAAAGUGUACGUGGGUGAGCUGAUGAGGCUGGUGUUUGAAGAAGUCUUUGAGGACCCAACACCCUUUGUGGAGGAGAUGAAUAAAAUCAACAUCCCAAAGGACCUGUCCACUCAAUUUGACAGGCCCUCAAAGGAGGAAGUGGUAGCCCGCCAUGUCUCACGUUUUAGUCUAGGGGCGGUCGGAAGCCCACUUACUGUCCAGCCAGAUCAGGGAACUCCUGGCGUAUCCGGCGGACCACACACGACAGGAUGACCACUCUGAUUCCUCGUCCCAAAAAGCCCCAGCACCAGCUUACGAAGCUGCGAUAGGCCAGAUGCCUAAAACGCCUAUAAGAGGAGGAAUGGAUGAUAACAUAUAUGUGCUGUCCUGUUUUUCACCCUUACCCUCUGGCUGCUUGAACAACUGAAUUUCCCCACAGGGAUUAAUAAAGGUCCAUCUUAUCUCAUACAGUGUAUAUAUACACAUGAUCAAUUUGUACAUUUAUCAAAAUAAAGUUUGAUGGAACUACUU